AUGAAUAAAAUCUUUAUUAUAGGGUUGAUUCUUUGUGUAAGCCUAUGUCAAUAAAGAAUAGUAAUUGAUAGAUUGUAGGGCACAUAGGUUGUGGAGGAAGGUGAUGAUGAAACAAUAUAUAAUAUUCAUUAUUAUGAGAAUGAGGAUCCAAAAGAAAAAUAUGAAUAAUUGAUGAACAAUUUGUUGAAUUUAAGUAAUCUUAUAUUUAAUUAAGACCAAACACAACUUUUAACUUGUAGAAAGAGUGACAGCCAUGAAUUUUUUGGUAUGUCAUUCCAAAACGUUGGAAGAAUAAACAAUGAGAUAAAGAAUAUCAAACUUAAAUAAUUUGAUGAUGAUUGUUUUCGUUAAUUGAGAGUGAGUUAUGAAUAUAAUGAUGCUGAAAAUAAAGUUUAAGUUACAUUCAUGCCAGGAAAAUAUAAAAAUGGAAAAUAAUGUUCAGAAUUUUAUAUGAUUGGAACAACUCUUAAUUAUAAUAUUGUUAAAGUUAAGAAAGGUAUUAUAAUAUAUAAAUUAAUAUAGAAUAGGAUUAUAAGGUUUAUUUCCAUUUCAGAAAUGAAUAAUAAAAGUAAGCAUUUAGAUUGGCUGGUGCAUAUAUCUUUAGAACAUGUGAUCAUUUUGAUUAUUGGAUUGGAGAUUUGUUAACUACUGUUGAAUUAUUUUUUGGAGGAUUCUCAUCAAAUCCUUAUUUAGGUUCAAUUUUUGGUAGUUAUCCACCAAAUUGGAUGAUUAGAUCAAAUAUAGAAUUUAUUGAAAAAGCAACAGGAUAUAGAUGGAAAGAGAGACCUAAUGUUUAAGUAGAUUGGUCUGAAGAAGAGGUUCAUUAAGGAGAUUUUUUGGCUAUUACUAGAUUUGAUGGAUUAGAUUAAAUUAUUGAAUGGGGAACAGGUAGUAGAUCAGAACAUAGUGCAGUGAUUUUUGAAAUAGAUGGUGUUAAAUGGGUAGUAGAAUCAUAAGAUGCAUGGUAUUGGCCUAAAAAGAAUAUAUAAAAGAAUAGAUGGGAAGAUUGGAAAGUUUAUGCUAAAAAUGCAGGAUUUAAUGUAGCCAUAUUACCAUUGAGUCCAGAGAAGAGAGCAUAAUGGGAUUAAGAAGGUGCUCUUAAAUUUUGGAAUUUUAUGGAAGGAUAACCAUAUGGUUAUCAUAAUUUUAUUUUUGGAUGGAUAGAUACACCUAAAGAUAAUUAUCCCACUUUAUUAAGUGCUGAAUUAGCUACUUAUAUAUUUUCAUUUAUUGAAAAAUUUGCACCAAGUAUUUCAUCAAAAAUGGUUGGAGAAGGAUUAAAUAAGAGAUUAGGAACUGAAGGAUUGACAAUCCCAGAAAUCACAAUAGAAGCUGCUAAAAGAGGAAUAGAAAUUGUAUUACUCAUAUAUCUAAAUUAAGGCUGAUUUAUAUGCUAUGGUUGAAAAGGAUGAAUGGAUUUACAGUGAUGGACCAAGUUAAGUAUGUUCUUCAUUUGUUAUUGGAUUAUAUAAGGCAGCUGGUUUAUUUGGAUAAUAUCAUGUUGAAGCAACAGAGUAAUUAUAUUUUAUAUAUUUUAUAGAUUUACUCCAAAAGAUGUUUAUUAAUUAAAUUUCUUUGAUAAAAAUUAUGUUGUUCCUGAUAAAUGUAAGAUUAAUGAUCCAGAUUUACCAUAUUGUUAAAUUAUGGGAACUCAUAGAAUGGAAUUAGAUGGAUACAAUACAAUUGAUCCAUAUGAACAUAUGAAUGAAAGAUGUCCAAGUUAAGCUCCUGAUUAUUAUAGACCUGAUGGCUGUUGA